AUGGCUCAGACACAUGGAUCCGAGUCCGUCCCUGCAGACAGCGAUGUGGAUGUGUUCGCCUCUGUCAGGGCAGCCAUGCUCGAGGACACGCCUCCGACUACGCCGCUUCGAACCAAGAAACGCCUGCGUACACAGGCCGACAUUGAUGGUAGUGACCUUGAACCUGAUGGUCCACCUGGAAUCUCGCGCCCUCCUGCCGCUCUCUUGACCAAUGCAGCCAUGGAUGCGACCCCAGCUGCCAUGACGACAGGUUCUGCCAAUCUCGUGGCUUUUGCCAGGCGACAUGGCCUGCGCAAAGGGCUCCGAGGCGAACAGCUGGCUGAUGUGGAGUCAUUCGCAAUGAAUGAUUCAGGUGCACGCGACGUCAAGAUCUAUACACAGCAGCUGUCACUUGAGAGGAAGCUUGACAGUAUCAUCACGUCGAUGCCUCCGUGGACGCCUUCAAAAGAGCUGCAGAUCAAUGCCCAUCAUUACGUCGUGGCUGUCAUGCUUUCGAGCAAGAUCAGCGCAUACAAGGGUCAGACCCCUGUCAACCACGUCCUGGACAUCAUACGCACCCUGCGCUUUGACAUUCCGGUCGGGAUCGAACGCAAUGUUGCCAACUGGAAGAAAAUAGUCAAGGUCGUAUCAACUGAGUUCACUAAUAUUCGGGCUUCAUUCAAGAAAUUGCUUCGUAACAGCACCAAGGGCAUCAAUCCGUCGACCCACCACACUAUCUACAACCUCACGACAGCGUUGAUUAAAAACACCAAGUGCACCGUCAGUGUUCCAUUAUGCGCCCGUGUCGCUCUCAUGCGUGCGAUCUACAUGCUGCCGGAGAAUCGUGGCAAUUGCUUCUGGGACAAGAUUGAUGAUGAGCUAACCAAACUGCGUCACGAUGCUGAUGGCAGUGAACGCAAGUGGAUCAAGGGUCUGCGCCGCUUCCUUGAGCAAGAUCGCCAGAAGCAUGGGCGUGACGACAACGAGGUUGAUGAUCUUGAGGAUGAGGUUGAUGAACAGCAGCAGGAGGUCGACGACAUCCUCGAGGGUCGCGUACACGCUCAGGUCGGUGAUGGGGGUUCUACUGUCGGGAACGCUAGUACCGAGGCCUAA